AUGGUAAACAGUCCAAUUCAAUUAGCACCUCUAAAUGUACCAUUUGAAAGACGAAUUCAAACAGCGACCGUCGCUCUUUGGCUCGUUUCAUUACCUUUAACACUAUUUAUUUUCCUUAUAUCAUGUACAAUAAUUUUCUUAUGGCCUUUAAUUAUUCCAUAUUUAUUAUUUAUACUUUUCGACAUCGCACCAGAAAAUGGAGGUAGAAGAUUUGAAUUCGCUAGGAGAGCUAAAUAUUGGAGAUAUUACGCAGAUUAUUAUCCUAUUAAACUGAUAAAGCGAGUUGACUUGGAUCCAUCAAAGAACUACAUAUUUGGUUAUCACCCACAUGGUGUUAUAUCCGUUGGUGGUUGGAUAGCUUUUGCUACGGAAUCAACUGGGUUUUCUAAAUUGUUCCCUAAUAUUACAUGUCGUAUGUUAACACUUACAAGCAAUUUCAAUAUACCGCUUUAUCGAGAUUAUCUUAUGGCCCAUGGUCUCGCUUCUGUAUCCCGUCAGUCUUGUAUGAACAUUUUAAAGAAAGGUCCUGGACAUUCUAUUAUGAUUGUUAUUGGUGGCGCUGGCGAAAGUUUAAGUGCACGUCCUGGUGUUAACGAUCUAAUUUUAAAAAGGAGAAUGGGCUUUCUUAAAAUAGCUAUUGUUAGCGGUGCAUCUUUAUGUCCUGUAUUUGCGUUUGGUGAAACUGAUAUAUGGGAUCAAGCUGACAAUCCUGAAGGAAGUGCAUUAUGGAAAUUCCAAAAAUUUGUGCAAAAAUCAAUCGGUUGGACAAUGCCACUAUUUCAUGGUCGUGGUUUAUUCAACUAUAAUUUUGGUAUUUUACCACAUAGAAGACCUAUUGUUACAAUUGUGGGAAAGCCUAUUGAUGUUGUACAAAUUGAUAAUCCUACUGAGGAAGAUUUGCUUGAAGUACAGAAAAAAUACAUUGCUGGAUUAUAUGAGAUUUGGGAUCAAUACAAAGAUGUUUAUGCUAAGAAUAGAAAACGAGAAUUAAAACUUAUAGAAUAA